UGUGUCUGAAACAUCACAAUCUAGUAAAACACUUGGCAAACGGAAAGCAGACGAAACACGUCUUCGAAGAGUUUUAGUAAAUAAGGACUUUGAUACUGGUAAAUCCGAUGGUAAAGGUCACUAUGGUGCUCAAUGUCAGUACUGUGUUCAAGGAAAAUGGAAAUGUGGAAGGUCUGCAACUAUGGAGUCCCAUUUAGCCCUACAUUGCAAAGGUGAUAUUCCUGAUAAUUUAAAAUGUCAUUAUUUAAUUAAACUAUGUUCAUAUUGUAAACCUAUAUCAAGUGAAAAAGUUAAUGAAAUUAAUAAAGCUUUACUUAAAGCUUUUGUUUGCGCAAGAAUUGCAUUCUCU